ACCAGGCAGCUUCCAAGAAAUGUCAUUGAAGGAAGCUUCGCAUGUUACUAUUUUUCCAUGAGUUCUCAUCAUUAUAUAUUAUUAGUCGUUCUCAGUGUGUUUGUUGAGUCAGAAAUGUGGACAUUUCUUGCUGCACUGUUUCACAUUUCUUUUCGUUGACUGAUGCGAGGAUUCUAAAAUCCCUAACAAGUAUUUUUCUUGGCACUUGGUGAGUCUCUAGAGGGAGAUCGUAAUCCUAAUUCCUAAACUCACACAUAUCUUCAACGGCUUAGCCUGGAGCAGAAGAACAUCGCUUCAAUUCUAUCAGUUGCAGUUUACACUCCUCAUAGGGAAUUAGCAGAUACUAAGUUCCAACAUGAGCAAAGUAGGUGAUUCUACCAAAAUGAAGUCAGAGGCAGGUGAGUUUCCCAAAAUGGAAAUGAAGCCAUUCAAUAUCCUUAAAACAGAUAUGAAUGAACUUCUGAAAAACAAGACGGCUGAUUUUUUUGACAAAACAAAAUCUGAAGGGGCCUCAGCUUCUCAGACUAGUACUUUGACGAGCUUGAAAUCAACAAAUUCCUCACUUGUAUCAAAAAAUAGUUUGAGGAGGAAGAGGGAUUUGAUGAGCCUGUUGUGUAGUUAUCCUCUGGACGCAAGAAUGAUAUCCGAUGACUUCAAAUCAAAACCAUAUGACGAGAGACAGCUGCCACUUAAACUAAAAGGACUUCUUCCAAAGGAGAUAAUAAGGGAUGCUGAAAAUGGUGAUAGGUCCUGGUCCUGGUCCGGCUCCAGCUUCGGUGAUGCCCACUUGGACUUCAUUCCAGAAGCUAUUCUCAAUCUGGCUGCUGAUCUUUCUGUUCACCAACUCAUCCAAACAUUGAUUUCCAUUUGUAAAAGUGAAAAUCCAAACCAUACAAAAUGCAUCAGGUUAUCAACCAGAAGUGAUGUUGAAAAAAGAACAGUCGAGGCAAAAGUAACUGCAGCCUUGAAUGACAAGCAUAAUAUGCUUGACAUUCUUAAUUCAUUUCGCAGACCUCUGACUAUUGAUGCCUCCGGAUAUCCAACUUCAGAAGCAGAGAACGAACUUAAACAACAUAUCUGUCAACUACUUCAGCUUUCAACUAUUGAAGAUGAUGACAUUCUGUGCACCAGACAGAUUGAAGAUGAGAUGUCAAGAAGCAGGUACCUAGUAAUUCUUGUAGAUAGGGAUGGUGAGGAAAUUGUUGAUCCACAAAAAGUGGGACUUUGUAGUACUCUACAGUCAGGAGUUUUGGUCCUCAUUACAACUGACUCACCAGCAUCUCAACAAGCUAAAGAAGGAGGAUUGACGGAUGAGUUAGUGGACUUGGAAAUCCGGACUAACGAUCAUUUGCUGCCGUGGGUGGUCUUCUGUCACAGUGUGGGGAAGAAGUUUGUAUAUUCAUCAAGUGCCAUCCUGACAACUGCAGCGCACAUAGUUGAGGAGUGUCGCAGCCACCUUCAUGCAAUUCUCCUCGUGGCAAAGUUGUUGAAGAAUCAUCAAGAUGUUAGAAAAUGGGACCUUGCUCUCUUCAAAUUGCGAUGUUUUAAUCCUUCACAUGAUUUCCACAAUUUUCAUGGUUCGAACAGCAUCAUGAUUAAGGCAUUCCUAAGCUUAAUAUGGGAUGGCAUGAAGAAGAUACAACAGAAUUGUCUACUUAGUUGUUUAGUCAUUCCCAAAAUUCAAGAAGGCAUGGUUGAUCAUGAAUUGAUGAAUCACUGGAUGUCUUAUCUCUUUUUGGAUGCUGGAAAAACGGAAAAGAACCUAAGUCAGCUUGUAGAAAAUUCUAUAUUUCUUCAAUUGAAUGGUGUUGGAGGCAGGUAUAUUUGGUUAACAGAAGAAACCUAUCAAAUAUUAGAACGGCUACACACCUCUUACCCGUUGUUCAUAGAGAAAUCAAACCUAGGAUUGACUGAACCAUCCAACACUGACAAGUGGCAUAAUGCUGUACGAAUUGAAUUAGCAGGCAAUAAAAUCUCUGAGCUACCACAGUCCCCAGAUUGUCUGCGACUCAAAGUUUUGAUGCUGCAAAACAAUGCUGAUUUGACAAAAAUACCAUCUUUAUUUUUUGAUCACAUGCCUCUCCUUUGCAUACUGAACUUAUCCUAUACUAGUGUAAGAGAACUGCCGCGUUCGCUGUUCUUUUUGGAGCAGCUUAGAGAACUUUAUUUGAAAGGUUGUGAAUGCUUCAUGAAAUUACCACCUGAAAUUGGAAAUUUGAAGAAACUUGAGAAGCUUGAUCUUGAUGAGACUCAGAUCACACAUCUGCCAAAAGAGGUCCAGAAGUUAACCAAUAUGCAAAGCUUGACCCUCUGCUUUUAUGAAUAUCGUGUCAAGAAGAAUAGGUCAUAUUCUUGCUCAACAAUUAUUCCUUCUGGUGUGCUAUCUAAACUCAAGAGGUUAGAACAUUUGUGUAUUGGUGUAAACCCUGAUGAUGAGCGGUGGAAUGAGAAUGUGCAAGCCAUUCUACCAGAAAUAUUGGGAUUAGAGUGUUUGAAAACUCUAAGUAUGUAUAUCCCACAACUGGAACUUUUGAAGCUCAUACCGGCCCACAUUUUUAAACUUGAUUUCAGGUUCACUGUUGGUCGUCAUAUGCAACGGAUUAUAUCAAGCAUACCACCUGCCACUGAUGUGGAAUUUAAACAAAGUGGCUGCAGCUUAAAAUUUGUAAAAGGUGAGGGUGUCCCGGAUGAAAUCAAAAUGCUUCUUAGAAACAGCAAAGCUCUUUUCUUGGAUCGGCAUUUCACCUUACAGAGUCUAUCUGAAUGCGAAAUGAAAAAUAUAGAGCAACUACGGGUGUGCAUAUUGGCAGAAUGCAAAGAAAUGCAAACAAUUGGUGGUGGAGGUGCAGCAAAAGAUGAUGAGGAUAUGCUUCCGCAUUUGCUAUUCUUGAGUUUAUUCCACAUGAAGAAUCUAAGAAGCAUCUGGGAGGGCCCAACUCCUCCUCGUAGCUCAUUUGGUAUGUUACAGUCUUUGUCGUUGCAAAGUUGUCCAAAGUUAAUAACUCUCUUCUCUGUGGAUUUUCUGGGAAACUUUUCUUUGUUGAAGGAGCUUAUAGUGAAGGACUGUCCCAAAUUAAGUACAUUAGUAAGUUGUCAUUCAUUCAGGCACAUUGCACAUACUUUCCUUCCUAAAUUGAACAAGUUAUUGCUUCUCCAUCUCCCUGAAUUGACCAGCCUUUCAAGCGGGUUGCACAUUGGACCUGUUUUGAAAAAAAUAGCAUUUUAUGACUGCCCAAAGCUGCAUAGUCUUUCAACCAGGGAAUUGAUAAGCCAAGAACUAACGGUAAUCAAAGGAGAAAGCAACUGGUGGAGGGAACUAGAAGGUCGACCGUGUAAGUUCGAUCAGAUAUUUUCCCCAAUCCAUGAAGAGGCUGACAUAAUGUCUCAAUUAGGUACAUAUGAAUAUGAUGGUGACAACAUGGAUAGUGGUUCGGGUGGCUCAGUGGCUGCACCAUUACAUCCCAUAGUGGAUGCAAAUUCACUGGCUUCGAGUGGCAAGGACUUCCAAAAGGGUUCCAGGGUCUCGAAACAUAGUUUACCAACCUGGGAUAUAGAGACAAGUGAUUUUAUGGAGUAUGAUGGAUACACGUGGAGAAAAUAUGAUCAGAAAGAUAUUCUGGGCACGGUGCAUCGAAGAGAGUAUUACAGAUGCAACGGACGUGGAUGCCCAGCCAAAAAGAGGGUUCAAAGGAUUCGUGAUGACCCUUCUUUGUACAGAAUAACUUACCAGGGGCAUCAUACUUGCGGUGGUCAAGCACAACUCGAGUUAAGCCCCACUUUGAUUGGUGAGUUGCACCGAUUUAGUCCCUGAAUUUUUAAUUACUAUAAUUCGGUCCUCCAGAUUCAAAAACUUGCACCAGUGUACUUCCUCGUGUAUUUUUUGUCAUCGGAGUUCAACGCUAUUAGUGACGUGACUCAACCAUUGCCACGCUGGACAUACUAAAACGUUAAAACCCUUCCCUUUUGAUCACUUUGUCUUCUCCUUCUCCACUGAACUUCAAACAAAAAAUAAAAAGAAUUUAACUCUUCCAUGGGUGAAAAAAAUUGGAGUUCAGUGGAAAAGGAGAAGACUAGAUCAUAAGGGAGGGGUUUAAUGUUUUAGUUUUUGUUGAAAUCCUAAAAUAACGUCGUUUAAUAUCUUCUUUAGCGCCAAACGCAUAUGACAUCGUUUUAAUAUGUCUAGCGGCGCAAGGGUUGAGUCACGUCAAUAACGGUGUUGAGCUCUAGUGACGAAAAAUACACGAAGAACUACAUUGAUGCACUUUUUAAAAUCUGAGAGACCAAAUUGUAGCAAUUAGAAAGUCAGGAACUAAAGUGGGGCUGCUCACACAACUCUUUCUCUGAAUGUAGAUUUUGUUCCCACAAAUUACACCAAUCCACAUACAUCCAGUAACCUGCAGUCUGUAACCACCGCUUUCUGGUAGCAAAAGAGCAGCGGAAGACUCUUGUUCCUAAAUUUUAGUUCAAUGUGUAACGAAAAUGGAGUAAAUAGAGAGCUUGUGUAAUUAUGGAAAUUAGUAUGAUGUGGCUUCAAAACCUGCAUGUAAUUCUAGAAGUUUGUGGUGGGAGAGCUUGUGCCUAGCUGUGAUUUAGAGAUGUCAUUUCAGAAGUGUUUGUAUCCUCCAUUAUCACACGAAUCAUGACCAAAGAAGUAAUAAUAUAUCUCUUAAGAAUCAAGGGAUAAAUACAUUACUGACAAA